AAUCCUGUCAUCCAAGCACUGAGCAUUGGAGGGAGUCCAGCAGCUACUGCAUAUAAUCCCCCUGCACGCUCUCCACAUCCACAGCCGAGUUGUUGUUGUUGCCAUGAGGACGGCUGAGUUGCAGAGAGAACGGAGCUGCAGCAUCACACUUCCUCUGGAGUUUGCGUUCUUAAAAUGGGAGGAGGAUGAGGAGGAGGGUGAAGCUUUCCUGUUGCCGCUUGCUUUUUUGCUUGCUCAAACUGCUUGUUACUUGAAUGGAGGGUCUGAAUCAUCUCUGCUCAUUUUCACCGUUGGCAACAGCAACACCAGAUAUUUGCAUUUGAAACAUGAGCACUUCAUUUUGAAAAAAGGCAGAUCUCCAGAUGUUUAAGGGGACUGCAGCCCACCUAUGUUUGUACUGGAGAGCUGUGUACCUGCUGGCUGCGGGGGUGGCAUUACCGUCUGAAACGCUCUGGCUGUGUCCACCUCCCUGUCGCUGCAACGCUGCUGUUCUGGAGGCGAACUGCUCUGGUGCUCAGCUCGGUGUCGUACCCAAUGGUCUCCCACAAGAUGCCGAGCUGCUCAACUUAACCCAAAACGCCAUCAGGACUUUGGUGAAUCAGCAGUUUCAAACACUAACUCAGCUUUUACACCUUGAUCUAAGUGACAAUCUUUUGGCAUUGGUUGAAGUGGAAGCCUUCUUCGGUCUGCAAAAUCUGUUGACGCUGAAUCUUUCAUACAAUCACCUCACAAUUAUUUCAGUGGGAGUGUUCGCUGGUUUGACAAACUUACAGUUACUGGAUAUAAGUAGCAAUAAGAUUCUUGUGUUCUUAGACUUUACUUUCAGGGACUUAGCAUCUCUGGAGGUUUUCCUAGCAGACGAUAAUGACAUUGUUUUUAUCUCGAAUCAAGCCUUGGCUGGACUAAGUAGACUACAGAUGCUGGAUCUUGAUGGCUGUAACCUCACUGCUGUGCCAACAGAGGCGCUCACUCACCUGAGUGUUUUGAAAAGCCUUCAUGUUCACCAGCUGGGCCUCAAAACGCUACCAAACUACUCUUUCCAUUCUCUGCUGCACCUUAAAGAGCUCGUCAUUACUCAUUUCACCAGGCUGGAAACUCUGUCAGGCAACAGUCUCUUCGGCCUUAACCUUACAUCCUUAACCAUCAAACACUGCAACCUCAAUGAGGUACCUUACACUGCUUUGCAUCACCUUGUAUACCUCGUGUCCAUUGACCUUUCUUUUAACCCUAUUACCUACAUCCAUGGAAACCUUCUUGGUGACUUGCUAAGGCUUCAAGAGUUUCAUUUGGUCGGCGGCUCACUGGUAAACAUCGAAAUAGGAGCAUUUAAAGGUUUGGGAUUCUUAAGAUUGCUGAAUGUUUCAAGAAAUCUUCUCACCACACUUGAAGUGGGAUCCUUUCAUUCAGUGGACACCUUAAAAAGCCUGGGACUUGAUGACAACCCCCUUGCUUGUGACUGCCGCCUGCUUUGGGUGACUCAAAGGAGGCUUUCUGUGGACUUUGGCAGGCGGCCGCCGACCUGUAUGACCUCCACCAAGCUGCAGGGCUGGAGUCUUCUGGAGUUUUCUGAAGAGGAGCUACAAAGUCUGCUUACCUGCCGGCAGGCUCGAAUUGUGGACCGAAGGUCACAAGAUGUGAAAAUAGAUCAAGGACACUCUGUGGCGUUUUACUGCAGUGCACAAGGUGAUCCCCAGCCAUCUGUCAUCUGGCUUAAUCCACAGCUAAGGCAGGUUUCUCCAGUUGGCAGGAUACGGGCCCUCUCCGAUGGCUCCCUGGAGGUCCGCUACGCUCAGCCACAUGAUAGCGGAAUGUAUAUCUGCGUGGCAUCCAACGCAGCAGGGAAUGAAAGCCUGCAUGUCAGUCUUCAUGUCCAAGCCUUGCCAUCACCCUCCAAAAAACGCUUUCGUCUUAAAAGUUGGCUGACUUUUCCGUCCUCUCCUCCAGGAGGGGACAGAAAUGAGACUCUCCCAUUCGAUGUGAAAACCCUUCUAAUUGCAGCAACCAUCGGGUUCCUGUCGUUCUUUGGCUCUGUGUCUGUGUGCUUCAUUUUCAUGUUCUUCUGGAGCAAAGGAAAGGGGCAAAUAAAGCACACAGCAACAAUUGAAUACGUGCCGCGAAGUGCCAUGAACAAAAGUAACACAGGUACAUCAAACUACAUGGAGACAAGCAGAUUUACAAUGAAGCUCAUAUGAGUUAGUUUGAUUUACAAUAAAGCAGAGAACUAAAACAAUGUGAAACUCAACAUUCUUAAUUGUUUUCAUUUUUACAUCUGAUGUUACUAUAUUUUACUAACAGCAGAGUCCUGUUAUUUGAAUGCAUGAAGCAUGUUCUGUUCCAGACAUUAUGAGGACUACAGAUUGGCUUCUUAAAAUAUAUUCAAGUAUUAUUUUAAUGCUUCUUGCCAUUAGAAAGAAAAAGGUUGCAGCUCCUCAAAGUGCAAACAUCUUAGACUGGGAACCACAUGCGUGAAAGGUGGAGAUUUUGACAUACAAGCUAGAGAUGAACCACUGAGUUUUUUUGGACUGAUAUUUGUCUUUAUUAUUUUAUUUCCUUGAGGAUCAUGAUAUCUAAAAGAUGAGGUAAAUGGUAGAACAGGUACUCUGAUAAAUAAGAGUUUUUAAUUAAACAGAAAAAGAAGAAAGUCCAAGGCUGUAGUGUAAUGAAUGAAUGAAUUUAGAGUUUUGCAUACAUCAGUAUGUCCAGCCUUUAAAGGCUGAAAAGACACCAAUAUAAACACAAACAUAAGGACCAGAUAUAGCGGGCACAGUAAAUUCAUGAAUUAUUUAAAUAAACAAGUCAGCUGCCUUCUCCAGGCUUUACAAAUAAAGACAAUUUAAACACAUUUAAAUCAAACAAUAUUUUGAUCUUUUCAUUAUAAAAGAACCAGAACAUGUCAGACUUUUUAAUCAAUAAUUCAUCAAACAACACUUUUCUUAAAUGUUGCAUUUCCCCAUAGAAAGGGAAAUAUAACAAAAGAUUUAUUUCAUUAUUCACAUCUCCCAACUCAGAUAAACCAAUAAGCCUCUUCUCUUCUGUUGUUUGAGAAAACCUUCCAGUUUCUGAAGCCAGGUGAAUACCUGGAUACAUGUGCUCAGAUGAGCAAUCAGACAUGUUUGGUUCCUUGUCUAACUUCCCUGUACAUAAAACUGUUUCAUAAACAUCCUUUAUUUGUACAUAGGCUAAUAGCUUUGGCAUAUGUUAUGCAUAACCAUUUUAGUUUAAUUGGGAAUACAUUUUGUUCUAAUUUAAUUAAGACAACAGGGAUAUUUAUUUUGUAAUAUACAUUAGCAGAGUUAUCCCUACCCAAUAGUAAACAUUAACUAAACUAAAAAAGGUUUGCCAGAAUGCAUUCUGUAGGGACAAGCAUGAUUUUGCUUUAAAAAUCAGUCCAAACCAAUCCAAGUCAGCAAAUGAAUGACCUAAGAACUGCAUAAAUAAAGUCAACACUAAAACAUGAUGUCCCUACAUCCCAAGGUGGAGUGGUGGCUUAGUGGUUAGGGCUUAGAAUCCUUAGCUUUUGAGUUCGAAACCCAUUGCCACUCUGGUUCUUUGGGCAAGACAACACUUGGCCCUGCACUGUUCCCUGGGCACCCCAUGUGGCAGCCCACUGCUCACCAAGGUGAUGGGUUAAUCGCAGACUUCUGUUGCAUUCUGCUUGUGAAAAGCAGAAAAGUGAAAAAAAAA